UUGCAAAACCCCAUGGUGUCCAUUCAGUUAAAGCCCAUGUUAUUUCUUUCCCAGUUACCGACCCAAUCUUAUGUUUAGUGCUGUGGUAAAUUUCAUCUUUAUUUACUUACUAAAACCAUGCUGACAACUACCAUUAGAGAGGUAUUUCCUUUUAUAGGACAUCUGAAAAUCCCAGGGGCACUACUAUGGUUCAAGUCAUCAUUAUCACCUAAAGGAUAACCCCAAAAUCCCAUAUUCACUUUAGGUUUCCCAUCAGCUCUUGACUGGAUACUGGCAAAGCCACCUUGGUCACCAUAGUGCUUUGUGACAUCAUCUCUGACCUGAACACCUACAGAAUCCCAUGGUUUUCAUAAGCUUUGAAAACUGUACACCUAUUACAUGGACAUCUCCAUACUGUCCAGAUAGGUACCAAAGCUGGGCAUACAACAUCUCCCCGCAAACCUACAAAAACACCUGGUUCCAAUCAACAUGGAGUUCAUCUUCCACGAGAAACAAGAAGGAUCCCUCUGUGCGCAGCACUGCCUAAAUAAUCUACUUCAAGGAGAAUAUUUUAGCCCUGUGGAAUUAGCCUCAAUUGCACAUCAGCUUGAUGAAGAAGAGAGGAUGAGAAUGGCAGAAGGAGGAGUCACCAGUGAAGACUAUCGCGCAUUUUUACAGCAGCCUUCAGGAAACAUGGAUGACACAGGUUUCUUUUCUAUUCAAGUUAUAACCAAUGCUUUGAAGUUCUGGGGUUUAGACGUGAUCCUUUUAAAUAGCCCUGCCUAUCAAAAGCUUGGGAUUAAUCCUAUAAAUGAAAGAUCUUUUAUAUGUAAUUAUGAACAACACUGGUUUACUAUUAGAAAAUUUGGAAAACUCUGGUUUAACUUGGAUUCUCUCUUGGAGGGUCCAGAAUUAAUAUCAGAUACAUACCUGGCACUAUUUCUCAGUAAACUGCAAAAAGAAGGCUAUUCUGUAUUUGUUGUUAAGGGUGAUCUGCCAGACUGUGAAGCUGACCAACUCCUGCAGACCAUCAGGGUCAAACAAAGAGAUCGACCAAAACUUACUGAAAGAAAACUACCACUAGAAAAACAACAAAGAGACCAUAAAACAGUCCUUGAAAAAGUGUCAGAAGAAACUGAUGAAUCUGACGUAUCAGACGAAGAUGAGGAGGAUUUUCAGAGGGCCCUAGCACUGAGUCAUCAAGUAACCAAGAGAGGAGAUGCAGAUCUCCACAGAGCUAUUGAGUUAAGCAUGCAAGGUACUUCCAGAAACACAUCGCAAGAUCUUCCGCAGACAUCGUGUGUAACUCCUGCUUUGGAAGAGCUGAAGAAAACAAAAGACUAUUUUGAAAAGGAUGAGCAAGAACAACAGCAGAGGAAACAAAAGUCAGAUCCACCAGGUCACAGUUCAUGUCCAUCCGAAAUGCCAACAACAAGUCUGAGAGGAACUGACAGUGAUCUCAGUGAUGACAGCAAUGAAGACAUGCUCCAGGCCGCUGUCGACAUAGUUUUAGAUGCUGUUAGAAAUAGUUUGAAAAUCAGUGAAGAUAAGUAAGACCUUUAGAAAUGAUUUAGAUAGUCAUACUUUCCAACAUUAUCCUGUGUGAUUAUAUUGUAGGAUCCAUCUUGGUAAUCUGUCAAAGAGAUGAGGAAAUAAGACUUUUAGGUGGUUUGCAAACAAAAGGGACAGCACUGUAGGACUAAAUAAUGAUCGUUCAACUACUAGCCAAAGAGACACCCAGCAAUUAAUUAAAUUUACAACAGCUU